AUGAAGAAAAUAAGUUCAUAGAUUCAAUCGUUAAUGAAUAGAAAUAGUUUUUAAGAACCAUCAUUAAGCAGUGAUAUUAAAUCUUCAAGAAGCAAUCCAAAAACUGCAAAGACAGAACGACCUUAAUCUAAAACUAGAAAAAAUGACUUAUUAGAUUAUUUGAAAAAUGAAAGAAAUUCAACUAAUUAGAUGUUUAGCUCAGUAAAGAAUACAUUACAAGGAAGCAAAAGCAUUGAUAUCUUAUAAACGUAAAGUUAGAAAAGUGAGCGUUUUAAAAAUGGUUAGCUAAAUGUAAUUGUUAUUAUAAUGAAAUUCUAGCAUGUGGAUUUGAAUAUAUAAACUGAUGAAGGAAAUAAUACAAAAAGGUAAAUACUAAAAUCAAAAAACUUAUCUCUUGCUAUAAUUUCAUUAGAAGUAUUCUUAAUGAAUUUAUUCUUUAUAGAAUCAGCUUUUUAAAUAGUCUAAAACUACUAAAUAAUCUUACAAUUAAUCACCUUAAAAUUAAAUAAAUUCACCGAUAAUUAAAUAAAAAGAAUAAUAUUUAUUUGAUAUGCAAAUAGUAUUAUUAUUGAAAUAAUAUAAUGUAGUUAAAAAAUACAAAAACUAGUUCCUAAGAUGAUUAGCAAUCUUAUAUAAAAUAAAAUAAAUAGUCAAUUAUAUCAGAUGAUUAAUCAUAUCAUAAGUAAACGCUUGAAGAUUUACUAUAAAAUAAAAAGUAACUUAAAUAAGCAGAAACAUAAAAACAAUUUUAUUAAAAAUAAUGUGAAAAUGAAAAAAAAGUAAUAAAUUAAAUGCAUUGUAAAACAGAAGUAUCUCCAUCUAAAAUUUAAUAAAAAUAUUAAAAUGCUGAAGAAACAUUAAAUUAUGAUUAGGAUCAGUAAUUAAAGAUUAUUCUAUAUUAUAAAUAAUAGAAGUAAAAUAUCUAAAUAAUUUAGAUAUCAUUAUUUGUAUAAAUAUUAAAAUAAAACAACAGAUGAUCUGUUUAAUUAUUUAAUACAAUAAAUAGCAAUUAUUGAGAAAUAAUUUAUAAAAUAAGGAGCAGGAACAGGUUCUACAGAUGGAGAAUCUAUUUAAUAAGGUAUUUGUGAUUUUAUUUUUAGAAUUAAAUAAAAUAUGUUAAUUCUAAACACUAUCAAAAAAUGUACCAUAUGAUUAUUAUUUAACAUUAAAUGCAUAGACAUUGGAUGUCUUUAAAGGAAUAACCCUUCAGAUUUAGCCUUACUAUUUAUAAUCUAUUUUAACAAAAAGAGUAGGAUUAAAAGAUUUUACAUUAGUUAAAUGUAUUGGUGUAGGAGGAUUUUCUAGGGUUUAUAUGGUAAGAAAGAAAGAUAAUGGGAAAUUUUAUGCUUUAAAACUUAUUGAUAAGAAAUUUAUAUUUGAAAAUUCAAAAGAAAUCAUAGUAUAGAAUGAAAGAGAUAUCAUGACUAAAAUGAAUAAUCAAUUUGUAACACCAUUACAUUAUUCAUUCGAAACAAAAUAUUAUAUUGCAUUUGUAUUAGAAUAUUGUGCUGGAGGUGAAUUAUUUUAUCAUUUACGAAAACUUAAGAGAUUAAGUGAGUAAGAUGCAAAAAUCUAUUUUGCAGAAAUUUGUUUAGGAAUGGCUUAUCUACAUUCUUAGAGUAUAGUUUAUAGAGAUAUUAAACCUGAGAAUAUUCUCUUAGAUUUAUAAGGACAUUUAUUAUUAAGUGAUUUUGGAUUAUCAAAGCCAGAAAUGACACCAGAUGAUUUUGCUUAUUCAUUUUGUGGAUCUCCAGAAUAUAUGGCUCCAGAGAUGCUAAUGAAAACAGGUCAUAAUUAUUUAGUUGAUUGUUAUUGUUUAGGAGCAUUACUAUAUGAAUUAGUUACUGGAUUGCCACCAUUCUAUUCACAUAAUACUUAAGAUAUUUAUAAUUCAAUUUUGACUGAAUAAAUACAAUUUCCAAAUUAUAUUCAUAUCUCUAAUCUUUUAAAAGAUUUAAUACAAUUAUUAUUGUAAAAAAAUCCAGAAGAAAGACUUGGACAUUAAAAUGGAAUAAUUGAAAUCUUACAUCACAAAUGGUUUUAAGAUAUUGACUUUAAAGCUAUUUUUUAAAAAUAAGUGAAACCUCCUUGUAAACCAUAUCCUUUAAAAUAUAAUUUUGAUGAAGAAGAAUUCAAUAAAGGAGAUGCUGAAUUUAGAAAACAAUUUUAAAUAAAUUUAUAAACAGAAUAUUAAGUAUUAUUUUUAAUAAUUAAUUUAAGAAUGUUGAUAAUGCAAAUUAUUUAUUGGAUAAUUUCUAUUAUGCAAGAGAUAGUGUUUAUGGAUAAGAAAAAUCAAAAAGAACUAAUAUAGUCAAUUUAAAUUAGCUAUAAAAUUUAGCAAUUAUUGCUGAACCAUUUUCUAUAAUUUAAUCAAUAAAAAUUCAAUCACCAUAAUAAGAUUAGAAUGAAUAUUAAUUGUAAUAGUCUCCAUAAGUGUCAAAACGAAUAAAUGGCACUAAAGGAAAAAGUGAGGUUUAUGAUAACUCAAUAAAAUCAGAUUCUAUGACUUAAUCAUCUUAAUUUUAGAAUUAAACUAUAAAGUUAGGACAUAAUUAUUCAAAAACAACUAUGUAAUAAACAUAAUAUUCACUUUAAGAACUUAAAGUAAUUAUUUUUUAUAUUUUUAAUUAGUAAAUCAAAUUUUUAAUUGAAUAAUCAAAAGCUUUAUAGAGUUCAGAUAGGAUAACUACUAUGCCUGAUUAAAAUAAAAAAAAUAUAAUAGAUAGAGUAAAAACUGAGUAAUUUGGAAAUCUAGCUUCUCCAAAAACAACAACUAGUAGCAUUUUAUAAAAAAUGAAUAAUUUUAAAGCGUUAUUAGGAUCUGAUAAAAAAAAGAAAAAAUUAUUUUGA